AUGUCGAACUUACAACCUACGGCCCAAGGGACGAAAGAGCCCAGGCUACGCGUACCCAGCAAUGGCAAGACUAUCUACCACCGACCAUUAAACCGAUCCAAGGCGGCGGAACUAAGCCAAGCGAACUUUGCGUAUCUUUUUAGCGAGAUGGUUGUGUAUGCGCAGCGAAGGGUGAAAGGAGUUCAAGAGUUAGAGCACCGCCCUAACACGCAAGGACACCCUAUCGGCCUUAAACUCCUUGACCUCCUCCUCUACCGCCAACCGCCGCGCUCACAACUCCGCCCCCUAAGCAUCAUCUCCCUCCUAGACUUUAUUAAGCAAAUCGUUUGGCAGCACCUGUUUGGCCGACAGGCAGACCGUCUUGAAAAGUCUAUUGACCCUGACACGCCUAACCAGUACAGGAUUAUCGAUAACAAGCCUCUUGUAAACCAGUACAUUAGCGUGCCAAGAGAGAUAAGCGGGCUAAAUUGCGCGGCGUUUGUAGCAGGUGUGGUGGAGGGAGUUUGUGAAGGGGCGGAUUUUCCAGCCAGCGUUAUGGCGGUUACGGUUGGGGAGGUCAUGUUGCCUGGUAAGACGGUGGUUCGGGUCAACUUUCGGGAUGAGGUUGUUGAGCGGGAGGGCUUUUUGGGAAAGAGUUGA